AUGCGCAUAUCCCAUUCGAAGCUUAGAAGUUCGUUUCCAGAUUCGACUUCUGUGGAGGAAGAUUUUCCCUCCACAGAGACCAUUCCUGAAACCAUGGUAUUGGAGCCCGAAAAUUUGUCUCUUCCCAACAGCGCACCAUCGAAAGUGGCCAGGCAAAAAUCGAUAUCCAGAAGGGUUUCGGUAUUUGAGGGUGAGAACGACUUGCCCCCCACUUUUGAGGAGCACGAGCGUUGCAAAGAAGAAGAUUCGUUUGAAGUUAACGUCAAUAGCAACGACAUGGACAUAACGCUGUGCGUCGGGGGUAUCAUAUCAUCGGGUCCAGAGCCAUUUAAAUUCAACGAAGAACCAGAGGUUCUUUCCAUGGAUGAGACGCAAUGUGUCGGCGGCAUAGUUCAGGAAUUUCCUGAACAGCCUUCUGCGGCAGCGGCAGACAUGGAGUUGACAUGCACCGUUGGAGGAAUCAUUGACGAUCCCGUUUGCCAUUCGCCUGCGUCACCAGGCUUUGAUGCAAUGGAUAUCACGCUCUGUGUCGGGAAUGUCAUCUCGCUGCCGAGACAGCAUUCAAAUUCCGAGGACAUUUUAAAUGCGGAUCUGCUUUCUUUUGGAGAUCCCAUAGAUGUUGAAAAUCCACACGCGGAAGGAUCGCACCCGCUACCAGAUAAAGAAAUGUCUUUACCGGGGAUGGGGUCUGAUGCACCGACGCAAGACCGCUUUUCUGAUGAAAGGGGAAAUCUUGUCUCCACAAAUUGCAGCAGCUCCGAUGAGUUUAACAACCUAUUUCUGCCAAAAUUAUCGCUCAAAACCUGUUCACUGGACACUGCCCUUGCACAGCAACAACAGUUUACCGAUGCGGGUACGCCCACAAAAUCGGUCAUAUGGAAAAUAUGCAGCCCCAUCACGGGACGGAAAAUCUCGACGGGCAUGGCAUUUUCGCCGAUCACCACGGCAGCCACAUCGAUGCGGGAAACCGGAACCACUUUUGAUAUUGAAUCGUGCUUGGUGUCUACGCCAAAAAAAACAACCACCGCAAAUAAAUGUGCGUUGCCCGCUGCAGCUUCACCGUCUUUGUCGUUACCUGUGCAGCAAACGCGGAGAAUUUCGAACAUUCCCAUGACGAAUUACAGUCCUUAUGUAGAAAGAUUGAAGGAGGAUAUUUCUAAGGUCCGCGAUUCUCCCCUAGUGAUCGGCACACCGAAAUGGCGGUCUAUGACUUCACCUCUUCGUAGCCGACUUGUUGAGCUACGUUCAUCGCCAACUUCGAACGCUAUCUUUAGUUCGCCUGUGAAUCACAUUUCUUCGCUGUUUGCCGGACUUUCAGAAAGCCAGGAUACCUCAUUCAUUGAAGACAUGAUGCAGCCGCCAUUGGUGGACAUUUCUCACUCACCCGUUCUUAGAGCUUUGAAAAAAUCAAAGCUCGAGGGAAACACCAGACUGAUCAUUGAGGAUGGACAUGCGCAGAAGGCAGAAACCACUGGGCAGGCGCAGAAGGCAGAAACCACUGGACACGACAGUACGCUGAAACAGAGUGUCGAUCUCAAGCGGUUUCUUAGCGAUGCUGGGAUUAGAUUUUUAGAUAAUGUUACAUCCAACACCACAAGGCGAGAAACCCUUUCCAGAUGCUCUCGAGAGUCUGGAGAGUUUUCGGCCAAAAGACUAGUGCUUCAUUGGUGCAUAUCGAUGCCAGAGUGUGAGCUUUAUGAACAAAGCUGCGAGGUUUUGGAGCUUCGCAUCGCAGAUAUCAGAGCCGAGCUACACCACAUCGAGUGUAAAUUCCAAACAGAGCCGCCUCACUUUUACCUCAGCUUUUAUGCGCCUUCAUCCGGCAGCCAGGAAGAGUGCCGUGCACAAAAAAUCGUAGCCAUUCUUGAUUUUAAUUGGUAG